UUAUUGGAAGUGCUGUUCAGACUCCCGGUUUUAUCACAAUGGAUGCAGCUUUUUGACCUGGAACGGCGAUAGUCGUUCCGCUCAUUUGUUGCAAGCUGCUGCUAGCGCUAGCUCCAUCACUGAGGACCUGAGCUAGCACUCAAGCCUCAGGGAGCAAGCUAACUCAUCAUUUCUGACUCUAUAACUUUGUGUGACAAAGAAAUGCCUGCCUCAAAAAGGGAAUUAUCACCACCAGAAUCUGAGUCCAAGAUUAGGAAGUUGGAUGAAGAUGGAGACGCCAUGCCAUCUAAAGUGGCAUCUAUCCUGGGCACUGACAAUUCACCAGAAAGAACAGCAGCCCCAAGGACCAAGAAAAAACUGUCUCCUUCACCUGGGGGAAAUAAUUCAAGGCCUAGUUCUCCUUUGUCAGACUCCAGUGAAUCAGUAUCUGACCCACCUUUCAAAAAAGCCAAGCUUUUUUCCUCAAGUGCCUUUUCUACAGUUUCCUCAGAGGAAUCCAAGUCCAACAUCUCCCCGAUGCAGACAACACUGACAGAGUCUGAAGAGGCAAGUAUUGGUAGUUGUAAUAAAGAUUUCAUCAGGAUGAGCGGUGGCAGUGAUAAAGCCCUCUGCAUCAUACAAUAUUCUAACAAAGCUAUGGCUGAAGAAAUAUUGUCUGUACCAAAUGAAGAACUGCCCUGUUCUCCUUCAGGUCCUGUACAAGCAGACCACAGUUAUGGGAGAAUAUCAGAAAUUACUGAGACAGAUCAGGAGGGUAACAUUAUACAAGAAUUUAAAAGUUCAGUUCCAGAGUCACAAAAAGCAACCAUCACAGAAUCAACAGAAAGAAGCACUAAAUGUGAAGCUGAACCUAGCAACUGUUCAAAGGUGCAUGUACGAGAAAGUCAAAAAACAGAUGAUAUUAUAAUCGAUUCAGCCUCAGAUUCAUUGGACAAUGGGACAUGUGUUGUUGCAUCUGUUUGCGAAGAGAAAGAUGAGACAAGUUCAGAGCCUCAAAGUGAAAAGGAAUUUGAAAAUAAAACACUACUAAUUCCUGAAAAGGCAUUAUGUCCAGUUGAAAAUGUUAAUCCAAAAGAGAUUGGAAGAGUAGAUACUGUAACAGCAGUACAGGAGGAGGUUUUAAUUGAAGUCCCUACUGUGCCAGUUACAGAAGAGUUUGAACAGGAUGUCAAAUGGCAUACAAACGAAAAAGAUCACAAAACACUGGUUGAAGAGACACAUUUUACAAUAAGUCAUCCAUUAAUGAAUAAAAAACCUUCUGAACCUGAACAAUCUCUAGCUGUAAGCAGUAUUCCCGAGGGGCACACUGAAAGUGUUGCAAAUUUAGUGCAAACGGACAGCACUGUUCAAUUCACCUUUGAAGAAUCUCUUAAAAUUGAACAGAUGCAUGACCAAGUGUCUAAUGACUUUACUAACAACUCUGAUGCUGGUAAUCAAAUUACAGAUAAGAUGCAUAAAAAUGACACAGAAGAAAAGGUGGAAAUGGUAACAUCUAGCAAUGAGUGUGGCUUACAGAAUCUAAUGUCAAAUGAAAAGUCAUCUAGCAAGGAAUUAGAAGACCAGGAUAAUGACAGAGUUAAUGACUUCACUCCAAGAGCUAUAAAGGACUCUCUUAUGGAAAAAGAAAAACCUUGUAUUGAAGAUGUCACUAUAUUGAACGGACAGAUCAGUGUUGAAAUUCCCACUGGGUUUUCAGAGGAGAUAAACUCUGCAGCAGUGGAAAUACAAAGCUGUGAAAGGCAAGGAGAUGGGCAAACGGAAAGUUUCUCUACUUCACAUUAUGUGGAAUCUCACUGUAUUCAUGAUGUUAUUGAACCUGCUUCAGGUAUGUCCGAAAAUGUAGGUGAAUAUUCAGUGUCACAAAAUGAUGAGAUGACUGCAAACUCUGCUGAAACACAAAGGCUUUGUUCAGUGCCGACAGUAGAUGUACAGAGCGACGUCCAGAUAAAUGAUGAUCAGUAUUAUAAGGAACCUGAGGUAGACACAUUUGAACUACAGGGAGAGAUGGUGUCACAUCAAACCAAAACCACUGAUUAUCCUGAAUCAUCUGAAAUUAUACACCAAGAAGUUGUUGUAGCUGUAAACAUUGAGAAUUCAGUGGAAAGUGAGCAUAGCACAUAUUUAUCAAACAAAAAUGAGAAUGAAACUUUCACAGUAAAGUCUAAGGAAGAACUUGCUGCUGUUUUUCCUGUAAGUCCACACACAAUAUCCCCUCCUGAAGUAACUGCUUCACCAUCCAAAAUGUGCUCACAGUACCGUGAAGUCAGUGAGACGUCUGUACUGACUGUAGAUGAUCAAAUUGAAUGUUCCACUGUCAUUGGAAACAAUAACGCAGACACACAACCAAAUUUAUUAUCACCGAUGAAUUCUGCAACAAAAAGAGAUGGGGUUUUACCACCUUUAGUGGAAAUGUGUCCAGAUGUGACUGAUGCUUUACGUGAAACACAAACUGUAAUGAUUCAAAAUAUUGGAAGUGUAGAAAUUGUAGACUCAGAUAAUCAGAUAAUUAUACCAUCUGAAGAAAUAAGUUCUACAGUUGUAUCAUACCAGAGCACAAAUUCCUUGACAAGGCAAGCGGAGGAUAUUCAAGAAAGUUUUAUCAGUAAUGCCUUUACUGACCAUUCUGAAGAGGUUGUUACUGAAUAUUAUACAACAACCGAUGUACAAACCACAGCAGCGUCAGAGGAUAUUUCUAUACCGACAUCCACAGUUGAACUUAACACUAAUGAUGGUCGAGAGGUUGCUACCUCUGACUCUGAGAUCAGAGAUGCAAAUAAUAUUAACAUCAAAGAAGUUGACACAGACUGUGCAGAUACCAUUGCUAUGGAAGUUCAACUUACAGAGCAAGACACUACAGAAGACAAUGACGUUAUGACUGAAAAUGUGGAUAAACAAAUUAUUACAGUACCAGAAGAGAUUAAAGUAAUACCUUCAGUUAUGGUAGCAGAAGAAGCUGAGCAUUCAGUGGUCUUUUUACGUGAAGUUCAGGGACAUCUGUCUCAUUCUGAGGUUAUAGAGGCUGAGCAAAUGCAAACUGAGUCAGUUGUUGUGGAUACUAUGGAAGAUAAUUCUGUAAUUAGUGAAUCACAAGAAACUGAAUGUAUGGCAGAUGUUACAGAAACUAAUGAGAGAGAAAUUGAUGCCAAUGAUUUGACACAACAAUUGCUCCUUAAUACAGACGUACAAGGCAAUGAGAAGACUAAUAAUGCUGGUUAUAAGCAAGAGGAUGUUCACAGUGUAGAAGAACCUAAUAUGAUAAACACUGAGUCUGACCUUAAGACAAAUGAAAAUCAGAUAGUAUAUGAGCCUAUUAGCAGUCCAGAAAGUACCACAGAUGGAGAGGUUCCUUCACUGCCAGAAAACAAUGGUACAGUUAGGCAGGUGCAUGCAGACAUAACUGAUACUUCACAGAUCAUUUAUAGUGUGUCAGCAUUAACUACUGACAAAGAAAUGGUUGUUUCAGAUGGCUAUGCAGUUGCUGAAAUUGCAAGUGUGCCUCCAGAAAAUUCUAUCAUUCCCCCUGUUGAAGACUUUAAAGUAAAUGGCAAGAGUUUUCAAAAUGAUGAAUUCAUCAGGAGCGAAAAUGUUUUGGACAACCAAACAGAAUCGCAACGUAUGCAGACAGUUGUUUUAUCUUCUGCAUCACAGAAUGAGGAAAUUUGCAAACUGAAUAACCAGCAACUUAAAAAUGAACAAUAUUCAGAUCAACAAUUAAUAUCUGAGGCUCACACUGCAGCUGAAAUUCACAGGGUGGAACGGAGCACAGCCAUUGAGCAGUUAGAACAAAGUAAUGGCAUGCAGGAUGUGAGUGUUUCAGUGACUAGUGUAAGUGAAGAUGCACCAGAUGGUCAGUUGGAGAACACAGAAGAGCAGAGUGAAGAGAGUGUCUCAGAUUUAGUCCCUGUCUCAGUGUUUACUGAACAAGUGCAAGAGGUCACUGGACCUGAAGCUGUCAAAGACACAGAAGCAGCUACAAUUACAUUUACUACAGAAGGAAAUCAGGAAGCUGAUGCCACGUGUGAAGAGUAUGUUAUAUUAGAGCCUGUACCAGACACAGCAAUUCACUACGACAUCAUUACUCAAGCUGUGGCUGAAUCAGGGCUGUCAGAAGAGAUUCGAGCAAAUCCUGAAAGCAUUAUAGAUGAGGUACAGCAAACAAGUGUUACAAGUGAAAGCACACAGGAGACAAUGGAUACUGAGACACAUUUGGAGAAAACUGAACAAGUUGAGCAAAUUGGUAUCUCUUCUCAACCUACUGACAUGAUGGAAGUGACUCCAGCCAACUUUGGGUCAGAUGUCACCCAACCAAUUGAUGUUAAUAUGAUGCCACCUGAAUGCCAGAUUUUAGAGGAUAUUGAGAUUGGACGUGAGAUAGUUGUGGCAGAAGAGGAGCAAGAAGAGGACAGUGACAUUUCUAUAAUUGAGAAACCUCAAGAAUUUGCAUCUGAAGAAGAACCUAAAAAGACAGAUGAAAAUGAUUUGAUAAGUAAAACAACUGGUGAUGAGACAAGUAAAGACACUGGUGAUGAGAAAAACAAAGAAACGGGUAAUGAGACAAAUAGAGAAAUAGCCUCUUUGGAAACUGUAACAAAGGACAUCACCACUGUAGAGAAAAAAGAGCCUGAAAAACCUAAGAAGCAAGAAAUGAAUACACAGGCCAGGACAAAAGCUCGCCUUGCGGCUCUUGCAGAGCAAAAGGCUGCUGCAUCUAAGAGACAAGCAAGGAGAGAGCAACUCAACCUAUUAGCCUUGUGCCAAGAAAUAGCAGAAGACAUAGCUACAGACAGCAUGCUUCUAAAGAAAAUUGAAGAGGAGAAGCAAGCAGCAGCUGUGGCUGCAGCUAAAAGUGAGGCCAGCACAAAUGAAAGUCCACCUGUUAAUAGCCAAGAGGAGGAGCCAGGGGAUGCUAUGGGUCCAGUUCCAGAAAGUGUAGAGGUGAGCUCAACUUCAAUCACACCCACUGAAAACAACACUGUAAUUCAGACCUCUACCACAAAUGCAGAGGAGACGAAGGCCAUAUCAGAACCACCAAAACGGAGGUUCUUUACAUCACAAGUUACUGUUCCACUCAAAGCUCACGAGAAAAAGAAACUUACUAGAUAUCAAAGAUUGAGACAAGUUGAGCUACAGCGAGAAAAAAUGUCAUGGGCUAGAGUGAAGAAGCUCAAGACUGACCAAGCAAAUCAAAUGUUUUCUGACAUGGACUGGCAAGCAUCAAUGUCAUUUUCUUCAUUUGGUAUGGAUAAUGCAGCCACUGUAUCACAGCCUGUGGCUGUUUUGUCUAAACCACCUUCACCGGAACUCUCAUCACCAAGCAAAUGUGCUGCUAACUCUGAGGAGCCUCUAGUUGAGAUGUCUAAGCCUGAAACACCUGUAAGCGAACCAGCCAAAGUGGAAAUUUCUCAAACUGGACCUGCAAAAGCAGCAACAGAAGAAAAACCUGAAGCCGAUAAACAUGAAUCUCCUCAAAAGGAGGACUCAAAAGCUGAAAUGAAAGACUCAAAAGCAGAUCCUGCCAAACCUGAGCUUCGUGAGCUUCGUAAGUCCUCUCGCAUCAGUAAAAUUGAAUCUUCAAAAGCUGCUUCUACGCCUGCACCAGCAACAAAAAGCAAAGUCACAUCUAAAAAAGUCCUCCCUGCUGUUCCACCUCCCAUGCCAAAUGGCCUUAAUAGUCAAAGUUUGAAGAUAGAGUAUAAGCCGUACAAACCCAGACCCAAGUAUUCUCCUGAUGACUUUGAACUGGACGAUGACCCAGUUCCUCCUCCAAAAGCAUGUCCUCAGGCUAAGCCCACUCACCAGAUGAGGCCUAAUGUUCAAUCAAGACCAGCUUCCCAGUCCACCACUCCUUUAAAACCCACUGUUUCAACACAACCUUCAAACCAGUUGAAGCCCAAAGUUCUGACACCUGCUGGACGGAUCUCAGGUCAGACAAAGCCAGCCUCCAGUGAUCUGGCUAACCCUUCAGCAGCACAGGCACUGUCAAAAGGCACACAUGUAACUCCAUCGUCAUCAAAGCUCUUACCCACAACUGAAGUGCUACAGAAAACUCCUGCCUCGACAAGCCCUCAGUCAAAAGUUGUUGUAGCUCCAACUCCAUCCAAGUCAGCAGCCUCGUCAACCCAGGUUAUACUCUCAAGUACAACCUCGGAGAAGGAGACCACUUCGUCUGUAGAUCAGCCUGCCACAUCUGAAACAACACCUGCUACUGCUCCUCCAGAUGAUGCAGCAGAUCCUGCCAAAUGCAAGGCUACAGAGGAUGUUCCUUUAGCACCUGUUCUUCCUAAAGAAGACUGCGUUGAUUCACAGAAGUCUGAAGAAAACAAAGAAGUCAUUCCAGUCCAGGAUAUGACAGCUCCCUGUGUCCAGUCAGUGAAUAAAACUGAAUCAGAAGAAGCAGACUUGAAAGCCUCAAAACUCUGUCAAGAUCCAAAUAUUGAGUCUCCCAUGUCUGAUGCUAGUCUUCAGAAAGAAAUAAAAAAACUAAAGGAAGCUGACAAAGAUGGCACGCAGACUAUAAUUGAUGCAGGGCAAAAGCAUUUUGGACCAGUGGCAUGCAGUGUGUGUGGGAUGCUCUACUCUGCUGCUAAUCCAGAGGAUGAAUCUCAACAUUUACUGUUUCAUAACCAGUUCAUUAGCGCUGUCAAAUAUGUGGGAUGGAAAAAGGAAAGGAUUUUAUCUGAGUUUCCUGAUGGAAAAAUAAUCCUUGUUCUGCCAGAUGAUCCAAAAUAUGCCCUAAAGAAGAUUGAGGAAAUCAGAGAGAUGGUGGACAAUGACCUUGGCUUCCAGCAGGUGGAGUCAAAGUGUCCCUCAAAGACUAAAACGUUCCUCUUCAUUUCCAAUGACAAGAAAGUUGCUGGGUGCCUCAUAGCCGAGCACAUUAAUGAGGGCUACAGAGUGAUCGAAGAGCCUGCCCCGUCUGGUUCAGAGGGGGAGAAGGUGAUGUUUGAGAGACAGCGAGCAUGGUGCUGCUCUACCACUGCUGAGCCGGCCAUUUGUGGUAUCAGCCGCAUUUGGGUUGUCAGCACCAUGAGACGCCAGGGAAUUGCCUCGCGCAUGCUUGACUGCCUCAGGAACAACUUCAUAUAUGGUUCUAACCUGAGCAAAGAUGAGAUUGCUUUCUCUGACCCUACUCCCGAUGGGAAACUUUUUGCCACACAUUAUUUUGGCACUUCUCAAUUUUUGGUUUAUAACUUUGUGAAUGGGACUCCUGCAACACAGGCCAAAACUGAAAAAGUAUAACAGCUCUCAAUCAGGCAACUAUAGUUCUCAUUGAGACUCUCACUGGAAAAUGGGACCGGACCAUUUAACAACUUAACAAUUCAGUUUGUGUUUUUGAAGUCGGCAUAAUACUAUUUGUGGAGGAUAUUCAUUGGCUUAAUUCUCAGGAUUAAAACAACAAGACGUUGUUUGAAACAAUUUUAAAUUCACCCUUUAAUCACACACUUCAUAUUCUGGCAAAACUUUUCGAGUAACAAAUAUUUUAGUAUUGUUUUAAUGCAUGAUACCACAGCAAUAGAUUUUUCCCCCAACAAAAUUAAAUUUAUAGAUUGUACUCAACUAUUGCAUCACAUGUAUGCAUACAUGGACAUUUGUAUGUUUUCCAGUUUAUUUUGAUCUCUCCUCUGAUCAUGUUUUAGGAUAUAACCACAGCUACAUAGUGCAUAUUGGGCAGAUAAUUUUCAAAUUUCUCAGAUUGGUCCUGUUUUAACAUUUCUUAUAUAAAGGAUUCACUAUAACCUAUAUUUUGUUUUUGAUGAAAUUUUAAAACACAGUGGAAAUGUAGUGAUGUAAUGUAGGACUCUCACCGGGCAUUCAUUAUGUGCUUUCAUUUCUUUACCUGAAAUGUUCAGUUUAUGAUCUGAGCCAUAAACCGUGUAUCAUUUAGCAUGGCAUUGUAGCCUAACAUUAGUGGCAUCCUUUGCUUCACUAAUGCUCUCUUUUGCUUUGUUUGUGCCUGAAUGAUUAAUGUGAUGUUUAUAAUUUUAUAUAUAUUUUUUUGAUUAGUCGUUUAGUUUUCUACCUAUAUGUUCUAAGCCAAGCAAUAUGGCAGUUACUUAAAUCCAUGUAGAUUAACAUCUUCCUAUUAUUUAGUUACAAUGAAUUAUGAUGUAUGUCAAAUUAUCAUGUAGAUGUAUGCAUACUUCUAUAUCUGAUUGAAAAUGGUGUGGCCUUAUGGCUCAGGGGUUGAUAAAUGCAAGGGGAAUAUUGCUCAGCGAUCAAGGUGAGGUUGAACUGAACCUCUGUCACCAGAUUAGUUAUACUUACUGUAAUCCAUCCCUAAUUUUCUUCUUUCUUGUAAAGGCGUUUUUAGAAAGAUGUGUUGUGUAUGAAAAAAUGGUUUAUACAAAGCUGUUAUGUAAAUAUUUAUUUAAAUAAAAAAACAACAAAAAUUA